CCAGUAAAUCUGGAACGACGCUACCUCUCCACACUCCACCGCAGCUCCAAAAAAAAAAACGCCGUAGAUCUGGAAAAAAAACGCCGCAGCUCCACGCUCCCAGAUCUGGAACCGUCGUCACCACACCACACCGCCGGAGCUGCCGACAAGUCUACUUUUGAUUUUUUAUUAAUGUAUUUCAAUUUUUGGUUAUUUAUUUCUUCUUCUAAGCUCUAAAAUCAAACAAGGGUUUCCAUUUCUCGAGCCUACCUCCAGAUCCGUGCUGCGGUGAAGAGAGACGACGGAGGAUGCUGCCUAUCUGAUUGAGGUUGAUGGUGUUCUUUGUGUGAUAGAAACUGACAAAGCAACCCUUGAAUUUGAAAGCCUUGAAGAAGGGAUGUAGAGGAGCUGAUGUGAGCCUGCCUCCUGAAAAGAUCUUGCUCAAAUGGAUGACAUAUGAUAGAAAUGGUUUCUGACCUUUCUUAUACGGACACCACGAAGACUCAUUUCCAGCUGGUUCUCCAAGCUUUGUAAAUCUUUCACACUCAGACCAGUAAGUUCUUCACCCAUCAUUUGUCUAUAAUCACCGUUGUUGUUGACAACUUAGGUCUCUAUUUGUGUCAUUUAGGUCUUGUAGAAAUCAUGAAAAGAAUUUACUGAUUCUCUGAGUUCAGUGUAAGCACUGAGGUUAUUGGUUUCUUAGAGUUUGGAAGUGGGGUUAAUGGCCCGUGAAAUCAAGAGCAAGUAUGUAGUGGCAUUGAAGAUAAUUUUUAAAGAGCAAAUAGAGAAGUACAUGCUGCAUCAUCAGCUGAGAAGGGAGUUGGAGACCCAGAGCAGUCUCUGCCACCCAAAUGUUCUGAGGCUCUUCGGCUGGUUCCAUGACGAUGAGAGGAUUUUCCUGAUCUUGGAGUAUGCUUACGGCGGCGAGCUCUACAAGGAACUCCACAAAUCCGGAACCUUUUCUGAAGAACAAGCUGCCAAUAUAACUGUUGCUUUUGAUGAGACAACCAUUGUGGAUAUUUUUGCAUGUGGAAAGCCAGUGCCAUUCAGUGCUCAAUCUAUUGCACCAGAGGUUCAAAAUGUGAUUCCUUCCAGUCUUGUACAUUUUAAUUUGAAUAUUGAUGAUUAUUAUUAGUUAAUUUUGAUAUAUUAUUAACUAUUAAUUAUUAAUGGAUAGAUUAAAUUGAUUAUUUUGAAUGAUUAA